AUUGGAUACUUUCAUUGUUUAUUUUGACACUAUGCUACUCAGAUGCAGUAUUUUAUUUUUAAAAGCUUUUUGCAUAUCUUUACCUGCGGUGUCAAUUCACUGCAUUUGGGAUGUGGAGUUGUAUCACACCUUCUUCUGCAGGGUGAAUGGAGUUAUUUUCUCAGAAAUUCACAUAAAAAAUAAAAAGGAACUUUAUCUCAUUUCAACAAUUGCUGGAGGAGCAGGAUGUUUUUCUCGUUUUUUUUCAUGUAUAGGGGGAUAAAGAAAGCCACAAAAACAUUCUUAGUCUCUUUUUUAAUGCAUUUCCCCACAGCGUCUGAACAGCGCCCCCUGGAGUCGUAUUGUCGAACGACCAUAGAAUGUUUUGUAACACCGACACAGUAGGAGGCGCUAGAGACACAACGCCGUUGGGGGGAACAUAAUAAACAUGGCCGACCGACGGUAAUGGGUGGCAGAAGUUAGCGACGAUAAAGCUUUGAAGUUGCUCGUUAUUCUUAUCGGUAUUUAAAGCUUCUUUCACUUUGAAGACUUCGUCUAACGUGUUGACGCCUGUGGGAGGGGAGCUGACGGCGGAAGGUAGUUUGUUUCUCACCGAAAGGCCUUACAAGAAACGGAUGUUAGCCACGUUAGCAGGCUAGCCUGCGUCUGCUUUUGUUUUUUUCUCUCUCGAAUUAUAACAUUUGUGGACCACAAGACGGACGCUUUCUGUUUCACUUGGACAUUUGUGCUUAUUUUUCAGUCACUGAAUUUAUUUUUCUUCCUUUGCGGGGUCCGAGUGGUUGUUGGCAAGCCGCCUUGUGAGCAUCUAGAUUAAACAAACAAAAGCCUCGGGGAGCAGUGAACGCCGCUCGCUUUGAGUCGUCGGGACUGUGGGCGCGAGACAUGGAUCCGAAGCGAGCGCCCGGCAAACACAAGACCAGCGGCGGCAGCAGCAGCGGGGGCUCCAGCCCGGCGUCCCCCUCCAGCAGCCCCGCGGCGUCGGGGGUGGCCAACGCGUUCGCCAACGACGGCAGCUUCAUGGAGAUUUUCAAGAAGAAGAUGGAGGAGGAGCGGAGGAAAAAGGAGGCGCAGGGAACAGGUGGAGAAGCGAGAGCCACCGAGCAAGGACAGACCUCAGUGGAAAAGAAGGCCCUCCCUGUGACCAGCUUUGUGGGGAAGCGCCGGGGCGGUGUGUUCCUUAAGACCGGAAUGGUUGCCAAGAAGCAGAAACAGGACGCAGACGCUGAGGCAGGAAAGAGUGAUGCUUGGUCAAAGUACAUGGCUGAGGUGAAAAAGUACAAAGCCCACCAGUGCAGCGACGACGAUAAAACCAGACCGCUGGUCAAAUAGGUGAAGCGACGACGCUUUUAGGAGACAAACCCACCCAGGAGGAGCUCCAGGGGAAACGACCUUUACUGACCUCCUCUUACUGCCAGUUGAAGUCACCUUCACUGUCGUUAAAGAAAGAAAAAGAAACUGCUUUGGCUGACUCAAGUCUUUUCCUUUGUUUUUGUUACUCUUUCAUCUCGGUAUUAUUUUUCAUGCCUUAGAUGUCAUAUUUGUGUUAAUCCAUGUACAACUUAAACAGAUUACAGAGCCUACCAAUGGUUUUAAUUAAAUCCAGCUUCAAUUGUU